AUGGAGACACCAGUCAAUGAUGCAAUGUUUUAUUCACCUACCUUUAAGAGGUACGAGUCAGUGUCGUUCUACGCCAACUUGUUGAGCGCACUGAAGCAAUAUACACAGGUGGUGGACACUUGUCCAGCAUCGAUAAGACAGCUGGUAUGGUCAAAUAUAUUCCAGCUGAUGGGCAAGCCACAGCGCCAAUACGAUCAGCUGUUCACGCCAGUGAUCGAGUCGUGGCUGGGCGAGGUCUCGGUCGACCUGAUGGACAUCGAGACAUAUUUCGCCGCCUUUGUCCAGGCCCAAACACAGCAUCCAGCCGACUUCCCUGUACUGCCGCCAGUGUCACCAAUGUUCUCUAUACCAGGUAUCUCUGCGCCACCCACCAGUGUUCGCGUGCCCAAGGCCCAGCUGUCUCCCAACCACUCUCCAUCGCCUUCGCCAAACAACUAUCAUCCACAACAAUCUGUACACACUAGUCAUCAAAUGGCCGCCGCAUCGACCACGUCCACUCCCAACUCAAACACAAACUCAAACACAAACACAAACUCAAACAAACUUCCAAAGCCACACUCAACUCCCUCGACAGCCUUGGCAACUGCAUCUUACAAACAUUUAUUGGCGACCAAGCCCAAUACAUUGGGCGCAACCGAGUUUCCAACGAUCGCAACCACCGCAGGUGGCAAGACACCGUCGGUGUGGAGCACAGACCUGUCGUCGACAUUCUCCCAGCUGGCGCUGUUGCUGACGUGGUCGCCGGCGCUCAACAAGCUGACGCCCAAGUACAAGGAUCUGAUUUGGCGCACGUGCCGCUACUUCAAUCAGUUCACCAACUACGACAAGGACUCAUUCACCAACACGAUCCAGAUGUGGACGGCCGACCCCAUGCCCAACCUCUUCCACGUCACCGUCCUGUUCUCGGCCAUUGGAUACCUGCGCGAGAUGGAUGCCAUCCCCGGCGAGUUCUUCUACAGCAACACAUCGAUCCACGUCUUUUCCAACAAUGGUUCGCCAGGCCAGCCUACGGGAGACCAGACCACUCCGCCACCCUCUGAUGAGCUGUCCAGUGAUGAGACUCCCGACAUCUUUGGUGCGUCGCCCACUUCCUCGCCCCGUCGCGAGCAUGUAGCGCUGCACUACCAACAACAUCAACUCCAGUUCCAACAACAUCAUCAUGCACAGCAACAACUUCAACAACAACAACAACAACAACAACAGCAACAGCAACAGCAGUUGCGUGUAGCCAACAACAACCAACAACAACAACAACAGAACACAGAUAUUGGACGCCUGUCGCCUGGCCGCGGCAACAACAGCAACAGCAAGCACCCUCACUCAUCACUCCCAAUGCUGUCAUUCAAUAGCUACUCGUCACCUGUACAUACACCAUCGUCCACUCCACACCACCUCUCCCCACGUCACUCACUCGAGCCUCCACAUUCCCCAUCGCGUGGACAUUCAUCAUCGCUGAUCGAUCAUUUGCAAUCUGUUGACAACUCGUCGAUCAAGAAGAGGAGAUCAUUCGACGACGCAAUGGGUGGCAGUACCGAGCUUGAAAUGCUUGUUCAACGACGUGGCAGUGGUGGUGCCAAUGGCGGUGGCAGUCCAAUCAAGAAGCUGAGAGAUGUGUCCAUGGGAGAACAACAACAACAACCACAGCAGCAACAACAGCAACAACCAAAGCAAGGUGGUGGAGAUGAAGACAUGACCAAUGAACAAAGAUCAUCAAUCACCAUCAACUCUAUACUAUGCUCGUGA